AGACUGGACUUUCUCCUGUUCGUAGAGUACGCCGUGAGAUUAGCCAGCGACUGGACUCUUCCACUGGUCGUUCGUUCGAGCGAGCGAGCUUGUUUAGGGAGGGAGGUCAGUUCGCGCGAGGGGCAGGGCAGCAGCAGCAGCAGCAGUAGGAGGAGGAGGAGGAGGAAGAGAGAAGAAGAAGGCGACAGACGUGCGGCGAGAUCAAGCGGCUAGUGUGCCGGUCCGAGGCGACAGAACAGCCAGCCAGCAGGAGCUGCAGCAGCGCUUUGACAGGAGAGCAGCAGAGUUGUAUGCAGUUGGUGCCCUUGCUCGCGCUCACAACGAGAGCGAGAGAUCAAAGGAAACGGAAGCCGAAGGAGAGGGAGGGAGGGGGAGAGAGAGAGCGAGAGGGGAGCAGAGGAGGGGGGCUUCCGAAGGGGACGGUGAGCGACAGACGACUCUACCACUCUGCUCUGAUGAUGGAUGAUCUGAGAUGAGGUGGGCUGGAAGGAGGAGCAGCAAGGAGGAGGAGGAGCAGGAGAAGUUGAGGGUAGGGGACGGAGAGGACGACGAAGGAAGAAGUGGAGAGGUGGAAGGCGCUGCCGCUGCAAGUCGCUGCAGGUGGUGAGGGUGACGAGAGGAACGAGUGUGGUGGAGUGGCACGUAGUUUUUCUUUAUAGUUUUUUUUUAAAAAUCGAGUAGUCGUCGAGGCUGGUGCGAGUCCUAAAUCGACAACUCCUCUCGCUUCUGAUUCUUUUACCAGUGACCCUGGCGUUCGGUUUCGCGGCUCUAUGCUCGUAGCAGCAGCCAUGGCGGCAGCAAAUCCGACAUCCGUCCAGUCCACACAAUUCGCUUCCGGCGAGUGAGAAGUGAGGAACUUCUCGGAGCAGGCGGACGAAGGGCAGUUGCAGCAGGGGCACGAGGAGGAGGAGAAGAAGAAGGCGCACGCACGAUACGGAAGGUGCGAGGAUCGACGGGUGUGUUGUGUUUCAGUAGGGCGUUGCCUGGUGUGCCCGUGGAGAGCCGAGUGGGGAGGUGGGCUUGACAGACUGAGAGGUGUAUAGUGAGCGACAAGCCGAGGAGACCUCGAACCGCUAACUUUCAGGGAUAGUUCAAAGCUUUUGAUAUUCAGGAUUCGGAGAUUUUUUGCUUUGCUAAUGACCAAAGGCGUAUACAAGUCUUUGCGGACUGCGGGUUCCUUAGGUAGGAAGGUUGACGGCAAGCCAGGGGAUUGCCCACGCCGGUGGAUGGUCCUUUGAAGGAAGCUAGUGAGCUCCAGAGAGCCUAAUCGGGCUUAGAAGCUGAUCAGGAGACCGGACUGACAGGCAGAGAGACUGGCUCUUUCAGCAACGGCAGGCGGGACCCCUUUUUUGGCGCUUCGAUGUUGCUUGCGAACUAUCGAUUGAAGAGAGCAGGGGAAGAAAUGUUCGUCAGCGAUUGACCUAGUCUGGGUUUCUGCUUCAAUGUUCUCUCGGACGACAGAAUCGGGAUAAGUGUGAGAAGUGUGAGGGAAGGCCAGAGGGCAAAAGUUUGAUGACCUGUUGUCGUCGACGUAGCCUAGGACGAAGCGGUUUUGGCACUUUGACUUUCAUGGCUGGCUCGGGUGGCUAGGGACAGGAGAGGAAAGACAAUGUUACUCGGGUUGCCGCGGAAUCCUAGUCAGACGAGUGCUGCGGCCGAGUACUGAACUGCUGCGGUUGCAAUUGCGUGACAUGUAGUAGCUGUGAUUGACAGACGAACUUACGGAUGUGUAGUAGGAAGGUCUAGACCGAUUCUGAGAGUGUGCAUUCAAAGCCGGGGAGCGAUGUCUUUGGAAAACCCAGAGUUGGCGCUGUUGCUGCUCUUUUUCUUGCUUGUUCCGCAGUGGGUAGACUCUCAAGAAGACCAGCAGUGUCUUCUGGAUUUCAAAGCAUCAGUGAAGGACCCAGCCAAUUAUCUUGAUGGUUGGAAAUCAGGUGGAAACAUUUGCAACUUCAUUGGAGUUACCUGCUUACACAUUGAUGAGCCGAAGGUGUACACACUGAAGCUUCCUGGAGCGUCUCUCUCAGGAAGCUUUCCAAAAGGCUUAGCGAAGUGCAAGUCCCUUACUUCCUUGGAUUUGUCUGGGAACAGUUUCUCUGGACCCAUAUCCGCCACCCUUUGCGAUGACGUUCAAUACUUGGUGAGCAUAAACUUGAAGAACAACAAGUUCACCGGAGGCAUUCCAACCAACCUGGGAACCUGUAAGUACUUGAAUGAGCUCUAUCUUCAGUUCAAUCAGCUUACGGGGGAGAUCCCCGCCAGCGUUGGGAAUCUUAAUCGCCUGAAAGAAUUCAAUGUCUCUCACAACAACCUGGAGGGCGUCAUUCCUUACGCCGUCAGCCUUAGAUUCAAUGAUACUGCCAAUUUUGCAAGUAACCCAGGACUCUGUGGUGCACCCCUGACAUCGGAAUGCAAGUCCAAAACCGCCAAGAAGAACACUGGGUUGAUCAUCGGAAUUGCUAUCGGAGCAGCUGUCGCUGUGCUGGUCGCGGUCGGGACUUUGAUGUGGUGGUACAUGAUAUCUCGGCCUCUUGGUUACUACUCUCGGAGGGACGAAAAUCGAUGGAUCAAACGUAUUAAGGCGCCGAAAUCCAUCAUCGUAUCGAUGUUCGAGAAACCUCUUGUGAAGAUUAAGCUCUCUGACUUGAUGGCUGCCACCAACGAUUUCAGCCAGGCCAAUGUCAUUGCCUCUGGCCGGACGGGAACCGUGUACAAGGGCAUCCUCCCUGACGGUUCCGUUAUGGCGAUCAAGCGGCUGCAGGUCACUCCUCACUCUGACAAGCAGUUCAAGUCCGAGAUGGAGACUUUGGGUAGGCUUAAGCACCGGAACCUGGUUCCACUUCUGGGCUAUUGUAUUGCCGGUCAAGAGCGUUUGCUAGUAUACAAGCACAUGCCAAAUGGGACACUUCAGGACCACCUUCGAGGGUCAUCCUACAGAGGACCGGUCACUGAGCAAUUUUCGAAAUCAGGUGACGCUGAGAAGGGUUUGACAGAUAAUGGAAGUGUCUCCCUGGAGAAGCUGCCUGAGAAGAAACUUGACUGGGAGACACGGCUGAAAAUAGCUAUCGGGGCUGCGAGGGGAUUGGCAUGGUUACAUCACAGCUGCAACCCUCGUGUGAUUCACCGAAAUAUUAGCCCCGGGAGUUUACUCCUGGACGAAGAAUUUGAACCCAAGAUCUCCGACUUCGGUCUGGCUCGUCUCAUGAAUCCUGUGGACACUCACAUCAGUACUUUUAUCAAUGGUGAUUUUGGAGACGUGGGAUACGUAGCUCCUGAGUACGUGCGCACGCUGGUAGCCACCGUGAAGGGUGAUGUCUACAGUUUUGGCGUGGUUCUUCUGGAGCUCAUCACCGGGAAGAAGGCUGUUGAUGUAGCGGACGACAAUUUCAGGGGUAACUUAGCCGAGUGGAUUAUGUUUUUGACUGGAACCUCGAAUGUUGGGCAUGCAAUCGAUAAGUCCUUGACAGGCGCAGAUAAGGAUGACGAACAGAUGCAGUUUUUGAAGAUCGGCGCGUCGUGUGUAGUGCCUGAACCGAAAGAGCGACCGUCGAUGUAUGAAGUCUUUCAUAUGUUGCGAGCCAUCGGGGAGAAGUAUCACUUUACUGAUCAUAAUGAUGAGAUACCCCUUGCACCAAACACAGGAGAUCUAGACGAGAAGGAGCUGAUUGUAUCUAACUCAUAGCGGAGAGGUAAUACGAGCAGUCUUUUUUCCUAGGCAUAACUGAGCAGUGGUGCUCGGCAGUUUUUUCCUUUGACUUUUUUUUUUUUGCUUGCAAGACCAACUUGGAGCAGGUGGAACUCAGUACACACUCUUGUAAUUUAUCAACUUACCCAGUGCUCUACCGCUGUACAAGGUU